AUGUCGCGUCGUGGAGUCGGCCUUGGGGCCUUUACAAACCGCACUCAAACAAGCCAGUCAUACGCUACCCAUGGCGCAAACCUACGCUCUACUCAUACGGCCUCCCUUCAGACCCAGCUCUCGGUCUUCCAGUCCCUGCUACAUACAUUCGCGCUGGAACAUAGUUCAACAAUCAAAUCUGAUCCAACCUUCCGAGCCGAGUUCGCGCGCAUGUGUAAUACCAUCGGAGUUGAUCCUCUUGCUGCAAGCAACAUCAAAGGAAAGAAUGGCCGCCGUGGACUGGGCGAGGGAGGUAGCUUCUGGACCCAGAUACUGGGAGGAGAUAUGAAUGAUUUUUAUUUUGAAGUUGCCACUCGAGUUGUGGACCUGUGCAGGGAGACAAGGAGUGAAAAUGGUGGACUGAUUGGUGUUGAAGAGUGUCGCAAACGAGUGGGGAAGGGCAAGGCGAUCGGAAGCGGGCUUGAGGUUUCUGACGACGAUAUCUUACGUGCAGUCCGGUCUCUCGAGCCCCUAGGCUCUGGGUUCUCCAUUGUCAACGUGGGCAGCAAGCAAUAUAUUCGAUCUGUCCCGAAAGAGCUCAACACGGACCAAGCGACUGUCCUAGAGGCAAUCCAGGUUCUAGGAUUCGUCAGUGUCUCUAUGUUGCGAUUAAACCUCAAGUGGGAAAAAGCUCGAGCGCAAACAGUAAUCGAUGACCUGCUUGCUGAUGGUUUGGUCUGGGUGGAUGCCCAAGGCCCUGAAAAGGAAUACUGGUCACCGCAAAACCUGCUCGAUGAUAGUGGGUGA